AUGAUCAACGUUUGGCUCUUUCCCUGCCUCCUGAUCUCUUUCCUGUUAUACUCCUCCAUUGCUGUUUCGGUUCCCAAGAUAUCAUCCCCUUCGUCCCAACAUCUGAGCCAUAUGGGAGAGUGUGAAGCCCUGCUUCAGUUCAGCCAUUCAUUCAUCAUCAUGAGAAAUGCCUCUGGAUAUGGCUGCGGCAAUACCUACACUUCCUCUGUUUGCUGCUCCGUCACUUCAUAUCCAAAGACAGCCUCGUGGAAGAAUGGCACUGGUUGCUGCUCGUGGGAUGGGGUCACAUGCCACAGAGCGACUAAUUACGUGACUGGACUUGACCUCAGCCGCAGCUGGCUCCAAGGGACCUUCCAUUCCAACAGCAUGCUCUUUUCGCUCCCCAAUCUUCGAUGGCUCAACCUAGCUGGUUGCAAUUUCUAUGGCUCACAAAUUUCACCCAAGUUCGGUACCUUUACAGAAAUGACCCAUCUCAAUCAAUCUAAUUUUGGAUUCUCGGGCCGUGUUCCUCUGGAAAUAUCUCACCUUUCCAGACUAGUUUCACUCGAUCUCUCUAACUCUAAUCCCAUUGGUCUUGUAGCAAUAGAAAAUCAUAGUUUCAAAAGGAUUGUGCAUAAUCUCAGUCAACUGAGAGAACUUGUUCUCGAAGUAUUGGAUCUUCGAGCAAAUAAGUUUGUUGGUGGUUUACGUGAAAUAUUUGUCCAAGAGACCAGCUUGAGGACGAUCCGCUUGAGUCAAAAUCAACUUGAAGGAACCCUGCCGCGAUCUUUAGAAUAUUGCAAGAACUUAGAAGUUCUGGAUCUAAGUGAAAAUGAGUUGGAGGGCAGCUUCCCUUAUUGGUUGGAUACUCUUCCAAAGUUGCAAGUACUUGUCUUGAGAUCCAACAAGUUUUGUGGUCCGAUUGAUAGUUCCAAGAGAAAUAAUCAUCCCUUCCCGAAACUGCGCAUUUUCGACCUCUCCAACAAUAAGUUUUAUGGUCCUUUGCCAGCUAAGUACAUUGCGAAACUAAAAGCCAUGAAGAAUGAAGUGAGAGGUGGUUUGCAAUACAUGGGCGAUGAAUACUAUCAAGAUUCUAUUGUGGUGGAGAUGAAGGGGCUGAAGAUGGAGCUGGUGAAAAUUCUGACCUUGUUUACAACCAUCAACUUCUCAAUCAACUUCUUCGAAGGAGAGAUUCCAGACUUAAUUGGAGAUCUGAAGGCACUCAAGGGACUCAAUUUUUCUCACAACAGUCUAAGUGGUAACAUUCCUUUUUCUAUGGGAAAUCUGACUAAUCUUGAGUGGUUGGACCUCUCCUCGAACAAGCUCGCCGGGAAGAUCCCCAGAGGAUUGGCAGAUCUUGCGUCACUCUCCUACUUGAAUCUCUUAAACAAACAGCUUGUGGGACAGAUUCCUCAAAGCACACAGUUCGACACUGUCAACCGCUCCUUUGACUGGAAUUCGGGAUUGUGUGGACAUCCCUUACCAAAGGCACGCGGGAACGAUGCAAUACAAACGCACCCCUCAACUUCCCAUGAGGAAGAAGAGAAAUGGGAUUGA